UCGCUCUCUCUCUGCAGUCAUCAUGGCGGAAAUCAAAACGGGAAUCUUCGCUAAAAACGUCCAGAAACGGCUGAAUAGGGCGCAGGAGAAGGUGCUGCAGAAACUGGGAAAAGCAGAUGAGACCAAAGAUGAGCAGUUUGAACAAGUGGUCAUUAACUUCAGGAGACAGGAGUCUGAAGGCUCUCGGCUGCAGAGGGAGAUGAAGGCCUACAUGUCUGCUAUUAAAGGGAUGCAGCAGGCCUCCAUCAACCUGACCCAGUCUCUGCAUGAAGUCUACGAACCAGACUGGCAUGGAAAAGACGAUGUCAUGACCAUUGGGAAGGACUCCGAUGCAUUGUGGGAAGACUUCCAUAACAAACUGGUGGACUCCACGCUGCUGAACCUGGACGCGUACCUGCAACAGUUCCCAGACCUCAAGACUCGUGUGGCCAAGAGAAGUCGGAAACUCAUCGACUAUGACAGCGCUCGUCAUCAUGUCGAAACUCUGCAGGCGUCUGGCAUGAAGAACGACCGCAAGAUGAUGAAGGCAGAAGAAGAGCUGAAAAAAGCUCAGAAAGUGUUUGAUGAGCUGAACGUGGGUUUGCAGGAUGAACUGCCGACUCUCUGGGACGGCCGGGUUGGCUUCUACAUCAGCACCUACAAGAGUGUGACGAGUCUGGAGGCAAAAUUCCACAGAGAGAUCUCUCUGGUGUGCAGGCAGCUGUAUGAAGUGAUGACCAAACUGGCAGAGCAGCACUCUGACAAAAUGUUCACCAUCCAAGGAGCACCGAGUGAUUCAGGACCACUACGACUUGCAAGAACCCCGUCACCACCAGAAGAUGAGAGUCCACCUGAGAGUCCAGAGGCAAGCUCCAAUCAUAUGCUCCGUCCUGUCUCACCUGGACCACCACGGCCCAAAUCCCCCACACAGCUUAAAAAGGGACCUCCGGUGCCUCCACCACCAAAGGUCACACCUACCAAGGAGGUGGCAGAGGAGCAGAUCAUUGACCUAUUUGGGGGAGAAUUUUUACCAGCACCUUCACAAUCGCAGCCCAAUGAACGGCCAGGAGAAUCUCUUCUUGACUUGGAUUUUGAUGCUUUUCAGCCAGAUGAAAGUGUUUCGCCGAUACCACAGACAGCUGUACCUUGGGAUAUGUGGUCGGCAAAUGCCCAAACAGCUCAGCCUCAGGCGGCAGAAGAUGGUUUCGUCGCCGACUGGUCCGCAGACUUUGGUUCAAUGUCAGCAAAUGGAGAUGCCUCUUCAAGAGCCGAGGCCCCUGGUGACCCUGGGGCCCCUGCUGUAGGGCCGGAUGGGGUGCUGGGCGGGGCACAGGGUGGGGCUCAGGGUUGGCCCCAGGCAGAUGGCUGUCAGCCAGGUGGAGACACAGCUACACCUCCUCAGGACAGUGAGGCAGCCACAGCAGCUAAAAAUGAGGUGAACAAUGCAUUUAAUGGAUUUUCACAGGAUGCUUCUGCACCAUCAUUUUUUGCUGAUUUUAAUAAGAUGAAUGAAGUUAGCGCUGAAUCAACUGAGGUCUCUGAAGCCUCAGAGACACAAGCUGCUGCCUUGACAGAACCUGCUGAGGAACAAGACAAACCCGCAGCCCCCCCUGCUAGAGACGAAUCUGCAGCUUCCCCUCCUGGAGCAGAUGUGGAUGAAUAUCCAUCUCCCCCUACUGGUGAAGUGGAUGAACAUCCAGCUCCACUUAUUGGUGAGGUGGAGGAAUCUGCAGCGCCCCCUGCUGCUGAGGAAGAUAAAGCAGAAAGUUCUGGCAUUCCGAAGGAGGAGAAGCCUGCUUCGACGGUUGGAUCUCCCAGCUCUGAGAAGCCAGAACUUGGUGAGGAAAAGAUGCCGAUACCCUCCGUGGUGAUUGAACCUGCCUCCAGUAAUGAAGGUGAUGAUGACCGCGAUGCUGACAUCAUCUCUCCCACCACAGUCAGUGACAACGGUGUGACAUCUCAAAAUCAGGCCAUCAAACACAUGAGUCCAUCUGGUGGAGCGUCGGGACUCCCUGAUGACUUUCUCUACAAGGUGGAGACGAUGCAUGACUUUGAGGCUGCAAAUUCAGACGAACUUGAACUGAAGAGAGGUGAUGUGGUGUUGGUGGUUCCAACUGCUUCAGUAGAGGAUCAGGAUGCUGGCUGGCUCACAGGAAUCAGAGAAAGUGACUGGUUAACUCUCGGAGCUGGUGCUCAAAAGGGACUGUUCCCAGAAAAUUUUACCCAGCAUUUGGAGUAAGAAGUCUCUUUACCUGGUGGAUAAAAUGAUCAGAAAUUUGAAACACUGGUGUCCAAGUUGUCCAGUCAGCAUGUAGACAACCCCUUUUCCUGAGAAAAAACUACAGUCUCCUGCAGCUGUCUGCUGGACAACACAAGGCUUUCUCUGGUAGAUAAGACUCUACACUCUACUGAAAGUAAGAUUUGUGGUAAUAAAUACUAGUACUAUUCCCAGCAGAAGUGAAAAUUAAUAAGCAUGAUGUGAUAAUAUGGUUGACUCUUCCUGCAACUGAGAGAUGUUUUUUUUUUUUUUAAAGAAAAUAUAUGAUGUAUGGUUUAUUGGGAAUGUUGCAAUCUUUACAUGUCCAAAAUUAUAAUAGAAGGGAAAGUGUUUCUGAAGAAAACAAACAAAAAGAAAAAAAGAACAACAGCACCCUCUUUGCACCAAGUGUGUUGUACUGAUUGUGUUGCUCUGCUGUGGAAUA